AAACCAAUAAUUAAUAAUUAUCUGAAAAUAAUAAAUUAUAAACUUGUACGAUUAAGAGCUACAACGAAAUCGCGUGUACCGCUGCAUUACCUUUACUUAAAAAUAUAAACCAUGUCCAGUACAUCUCAAAAACAUAGGAAUUUCGUAGCUGAGCCUAUGGGGGACAAACCUGUAACAGAUUUAGCCGGUGUUGGAGAUGUUUUAGGUAAACGACUUGAUGCGGCUGGAUUUGACAAAGCUCAGACAGUGUUGGGCCAAUAUCUGGUUCUAAAGAAAGAUGCGGAACUGUUUAAGGAUUGGAUGAAGGACACCUGCCAGGCGAAUUCCAAACAAGCAGCUGAUUGUUAUCAGUGUUUAAACGAUUGGUGCGAAGAAUUUUUGUAAAAAUCACGCUAUCUACACUAUUAUUAUUAAGUAGGUACCUAUCUUUCUUGUGCUCGCAAUAUUGUGUGAUACUCAAACAAACGGUUAAACAAAUAACAAUUGAAUGCAUGAUAAGUAAUGUAAAUGAAUAUCCAAAGUUUGAA